UGGCGCGGUUGUGACGUAAUACACGUGGCAACGCGGAGAAAUUAUUUUUCCACAUUGGCGUCUCUGAGUUUGACUUUUUGCUCCGUGGGCUGUGGGGACGAUUUGGAGAUGGCACACUUGUCACCAUUGGUCUCUCUGGCGUUACAAAACGCCCGGCAAACUCUAGUACCCUGCAAUAUUAAUAACAUAGCGAAAACGUGCGUGAGGCACGCUUCAAAGAAAGCCAGUACUAGCACCAGUAACAAGGGUGGCCAUCCCAGACCAAAACACAGAGGAUGGAAAAUACAGGACGGCGGUACCGUACACGCGGGCAUGAUAUUAGUUAAACAGCGGACAACCCGAUUCCAUCCGGGUCUUAAUGUUGGUUUUGCACGAGACGGAUCUUUAUUUGCCAUCGAAUCAGGCAAAGUGAUAGUGACCUGCGAGAAAAUCGAUCCCGACUGGCAGCGCUCUUGGAUCAAACAAAACUAUACUGGCCGUGAAAAUCAAGUUAUAUAUAAGAAACACUUUAAUAUUAUCCCUACUUCUCAACACAAUCAAUUCAAAUUGAUAGACAAAAUAUAAGUGUACAGGAGACGGUAAAAAUUUGACCGUCUCAAAAAUCCCAAUGUUUAGUAAAUAUAUCGUUGACUGUAUAUCUGGAUAUUGCAUAAAAUUGACCAUUCUAA